GUUAACUCACUUCUCUCUUUCUCGCGCGCUCUACCGCCUCCACGCAUACCGUGCGCAGGUUAAGCAGGGGUAGUGCGUAGGAUAACAGAACGUACGACACAAAAUGGUGCGCCGAGAAUUUGGAAUCUAUGUCGUAUUGAUCUGCAUUGUCAUUGCUGGUGUGCGAGGCCAAUCUCCGGCAACAUCUCCUACGGCGACACCCGCACCGCCAACACCUACCACACCAACAACAUCUCCGCCGCCAACCACUCAACCUCCUCCUGUUUCCGCACCACCACCAGUGACCACUUCUCCACCUCCCGCGUCGACGCCUCCUCCUGUAUCCUCGCCUCCACCCGUAACUCCUCCUCCUGUCUCCGCGCCACCACCAGCAACUCCACCACCAGCAUCGCCUCCUCCCGCAACUCCUCCUCCUGCCUCUCCGCCACCAGCAACACCUCCUCCUGCUUCUCCACCACCGGCAACACCUCCUCCUGCAUCACCACCUCCGGCUACCCCACCACCUGCAUCUCCACCCCCGGCAACUCCGCCACCAGCUCCUCUGGCAUCUCCUCCUGCUCUAGUUCCAACAACAGCUCCUGCUCCAGGUCCAAGCAAGAAGGCGAAAGCACCAUCGCCAUUGGGCUUGAGCCCACCAGCGCCGCCUAUUGGGGCCCCUGGACCUAGUCUAGAGGCCACCUCUCCCGGCCCAUCCGGCACUAGUACCGACCAGAGUGGAGUGGAGAAGCUAUGGUGCAUUGAGAGCUUGGUCGGAAGCUUGAUCUUUGGAUGGGCUUUCCUCUGGUUGUCAUUAUAGAUUUUAGGCCUGUCAUCCCACCACUUUGUGUCCUGCCCUUUUUUGUGUUACUUUGUUAAAUUGUUCUUCUUCUAUUUGUAAUUUGGUUCUAUAUGUUCUAUUGGCUGCCAUUGUAGCCCCUCACGUACGUUUGAUGGUGGGACUCAUCACUACCAGUUGUAUUUCAUGAGAUUAUUAUUAUUAUUAUUAUCAUGUAGUAUUAUUCUUUGGGAGAAUUUUUGAGGGGGAGCCUUAUAUAUGUA